AUGGCUCAGCCACAGGCCUAUGCCCCGCCCUUCCCGCAUCAGAACAAGGGCACCCUCGUCCCCGGCCAGUCCAUCUCCGUCAACAAGUACACCGUCCAGGUCGACCGCUACCUCAGCCAAGGCACCCCAGGUGGUUUCGCCCACGUCUACCUCGUCCGCACCGCACAGCCAGUUUUUGGAACACACCACCAUGUCCUCAAACGCAUCGCGGUCCCCAACGAGGCCAUGUUGACAGAGGUCAAGAAGGAGGUCGACAUAAUGAGGAUCCUCAAGGGCCACCCAAACAUUGUCUAUCUCAUCGACGCCGCAUGGCAUCGCUCGACCGACGGUGUCUACGAGGUCUUCAUUCUCAUGGAGUACUGCCCAGGAGGCGGUAUCAUCGACAUGAUGAAUCGACGUCUCAGAGAGCGCCUCACAGAGCCAGAAAUCCUCACAAUAUUCGUCGACGUCUGCGACGGUCUCGCCGCGAUGCACGCUCUCAAGCCGCCAUUACUCCACCGCGACCUCAAGGUCGAGAAUAUCCUACAAGCGUCUCAGUCCUCCUACAAGCUCUGCGACUUUGGAAGCGCCACUCCCGUGCAGAAAGUCCCGACAUCGACGCAAGAGCUGAGAGCCCUGGAGAGCGACCUCAACAGACAUACCACCCUGCAAUAUCGCGCCCCGGAGAUGGUGGACGUCUACCAGCGACGACCCAUCGACGAGAAGAGCGACGUGUGGGCACUGGGCGUCCUGCUCUACAAGCUUUGCUACUAUACCACCCCCUUCGAGGAACACGGUCCCCUCGCCAUCUUGAACGUUCAGUACAAGAUCCCCCCUUAUCCCGUUUACUCCCACCAGAUGAACGCUCUGAUAGCCUCCAUGUUGCGCGAACACGGAGCACAACGACCGAAUGUGUUCGAGAUUCUGAACCACGUCCACGCGUUGCGAGGCUCGAAACCGCGCUUCCAGUAUAGCGUCCAGACGAAACAACCGCCGAUUCCCCGUCCUCUGCAGCCGCUGUCCGCCAACGUUGGCGCACGCGCGCCGGCACCUAACCCUCUCGACGACCUUGUCACGUUCAAGUCUCGAACGGCACAGCCAUCGCCGGCCAGGAAUGCUGGUGUCGAAGCUCGGGAAAAGGUCCUCGAGGCCAUUGCGCCCAUGCGCCGAGGACGCCCCGGGCAGUCUGCGGGUGUCUCAGAGCAACCGCGCCAAUACCAGCCUCCCCCAAGCCCAAGGAAGGAGAAGGAACGCGGUGGUGCCGGAAGUGCAGGCUUCAGCUUGGACAUGAAGUUCGGCGCCGACGAGGACAAGGUCUGGAGGGGUGUUCGGGGUCACAAGUCGGGACUGGCGAGCGUGGGCGGAACGACUGCCAACCUGAACUCGGGCGGUGAUGCGUGGGGGCUCGGGGGGAAAGACGCGGGGAAGGAGAAGGUCGCGAAGGACAGGCUGGGGUUGCCCAGUGGCUUCGACGGCGACUUUUCAGCUUCGUUCGGCAAAGGUUUCGGAGACGCCUUCGAGCCUUCCAAAGCACCCGCGCCCAGCCCAUCGCCAUCGAAGCCCCUACCGAUCCCCAGCUCCCGGCCGACACCGUCGCCAGGACUGUCCGGCUCCCCCAGCAGGCCAAGGACAUCCAAAGACGCCUUUGAUGGCCUGGGCUUUGUCGCUCAGCCGCCGCUGCCACCGACGCUCGGCGAAGCUCGUCGCGUGAGGACAGGCCUAGCGGCCACCGGCGUCAGCGCGACCCUGUCGUCGGCGUCGAGCGGUCAGUACCUCGCUGCCCCAGGCCAGAGUCCUGGGGCCGGCGUCGGCUCGAGCUACACGACGUACCGCCCUCCGAGCUCGCAGUCGCCCGUGCCGUCCCUGCGUCCCCAGCCGUCGCCGCGUCCUCACUCCCCCCUCGUCUCGUCCUCCCGUUCGCCGUCGAAACCCUCGCGGCCCGGCGAGCUCUCUGCCGAAGAACGGUUUCCCUCGCUCGAGGACCUCGACCGUACCUUCUCCCCUCCGGCGCCCGGCCACACGUCGAUGGCGAACGCCGCCCGUGCACCCUCGCAACCAACGUUGUCGACGGAGAAGGUCUCGGAGCGUCCGACCGGCACGGCACGACCGCCUUCGCGAGGUGGCGGCGGCGGCGCGGUGCGCACCGGCAACCUCCUCGGGCUGCCUGCUUCCGCGACGGACCGUGGCGCGGGCAGGUACGACGGCGUGCGCUCCCAGCAGGUCACCGGCACCGCGAUGCGCGACGCGAGGCUGGGCCACGGCCGGUCGCCGACCGCUACUGACGUUACCGCUACCGCCGCCGCCGCCGCCACUGCCGCUGCAGCCGCCACGCUAGAAUCGGGCAGAGGCGGACCCCGCCGCUCCGGCACGGUCUCGGGGCACACCCGUCCGGCGCUGCAGCGCCGCCAUCGAAGCUCACUCUCCAUCAAGCAGACUCCGUCCGACGCGGGCCCCGCGCUCGUCGACGUCUCGUCGGCUCGAUCAGCAGGUGGCGGCGGCGGCGCGGUGCGCACCGGCAACCUCCUCGGGCUCCCUGCUUCCGCGACGGACCGUGGCGCGGGCAGGUACGACGGCGUGCGCUCCCAGCAGGUCACCGGCACCGCGAUGCGCUCCCAGCAGGUCACCGGCACCGCGAUGCGCGACGCGAGGCUGGGCCACGGCCGGUCGCCGACCGCUACUGACGUUACCGCUACCGCCGCCGCCGCCGCCACUGCCGCUGCAGCCGCCACGCUAGAAUCGGGCAGAGGCGGACCCCGCCGCUCCGGCACGGUCUCGGGGCACACCCGUCCGGCGCUGCAGCGCCGCCAUCGAAGCUCACUCUCCAUCAAGCAGACUCCGUCCGACGCGGGCCCCGCGCUCGUCGACGUCUCGUCGGCUCAUCAGCAGGUGCAGCAGCAGCAACAGCAGAGGCCAAGGCAAGACGACGCACAGAACGAACACGCGCCCGCACUCCCGCCGCGCCCGAGCCCCAAGCCGCCCACGCCGCCGAAAGACUGGCUCACGGGCGCGUCGGACGACGAGGGUGGCCCGUCCCCGUCCCCGCCUGCACUCGCACCCGCAGCGUCUGCGCCUACAUCGCAGCCUGUGCUGCGCAAGAGCCCGAGCAAGCGUGCGUCGUAUGUCGAGCGCAGCCCUGGGCCGCUCGAGAGGCCGCUCGAGGCGGCGGCGGAGGAGGGCGUCGUCGGCGUCGUCGGUGGCGUCGGCGUCGCGGCGGGCCACUCGGAGCGCAGGAGCGAGCGGGAGAGGCAGAAGGAGGCGGUGAGAGCGCAUGCGCGCGAGAAGGAGGCCGCGCGGGCGAGGGCCCAGGAGGAAAAAGAGAAGGAGAAGGAAAGGGAGAAGGCGCGCGCACGGCUCGGAGGCGGCGUGCAGCGGCUCCCGACGGGGGAGAAGGGCCGGCGGCUGUCGCCGACGAAGUCCCCCGCGGGGGCGUUCGUCACGCGCACGGGCACGAGCGCGGGCGGGCCCCCGGCGGGCAGCCUGGCGCUGCCGGGCAUGAGCACGGGCAGGCGGACGGCGCCGCCGCCACUGUCGUCAGCGGACAGCGGGCUGACGGAUAAUUGGAGCCCCAUCGCGUCGCCAGUGCGCGCGCGUGCGCCGGCGCGGCCGAUGUCGUCGUCGUCGAGCGACGAGGGCCCGGAGGACAUCGAUGGGUACGUGCCGAGGGGCGGCAUCGACGAGGAAAUCCACGCGCUGCGGGGCGAGGCGGCGCCGGCGCUGGAGCCGGAGCACGGGCGCGAACGCGGGCGCAGGGACCACGGGCAGAGGCGCCACGCGGGCAAGGGCCGGCAGAACUCGGUGCACGACCUCGUCGACCUCUGGGGCGGCACGCAGCAGGAGCAGCGGGCCGCGUCGCCGACGAAGCGGGCGGACAAGCGGCGGUCCGCGAUCGUCACGUCGUCGUCGAUGAUGAAGCCGUCGUACUCUUCUGACCAGGGCUUCCCGAAGACGUCGUCCUCCCUCACGUCGUCCUCGCUCAUGUCGUCUUCCCUCACGUCUUCCUCGCUUUCGUCUUCCCCUCACACGUCUUCCUCCCUCGCGUCUCCGCCAAUCGUCUCUCCAACUCCUAUGGCUGCUUCUCCUGCACCGUCGACUAGCCGUAUCGCGCGCCCGCCAUCUGCUCAGCAGGCACGCAAGCAGACGACACUCACGACCGGCACGAGUACUCGCGCGCUGCCUCAGACCGCUCCCAUUCCGUCCGCACCGACCCCCUCGGCGAUCUCGACUUCUUCUGUCUCAGCGAGCCGAGCCAGGCCGCAGUCCAUGUUCAUAAACCCAGUGCUCAAGACCGCUCCGCUAGAAAUCAACGCACCACCGCCUUUGACCGCAUCAAAACAGCAGGAAAAAGACCAGCCUCACACCCAGCACCGGACGACGAGACGCACCUCAAUCUCGGACAUGGUGCAGCGCUACGAGGCCAUCAACGGUGCUAUCCGGCCUCCAGCCGUCGCGACCAAGCCACCACCGGCGGCGACCCUGGGCCUGAAGGCGACGGCCUCCGAGUCUUCGAGCGCGGGCCUGCCCUCCCCCUCCGUCGCCGCGACGCGCUUCCCGCAGCUGUCGCCUCCCCCGUCGCCGCAGCUGCUCAAGACCAGCCUCUUCGUGCCCGAGGACGAGCCGAGCAAGAGGGCGGCGCUCCAGGGACGGCGCUCGCCGAGUCCAGGCCGCGCCGCGUCGCCGCGGCCGCUGCCGGGCCUUGCGAAGCCCCCCGAACCGGUCAACGGUGCGCGAGGCGGUGGUGGCACUGGCACUGGCAGCGGGGCGGGCGGGCGCCCGUCGUUCGAGCGCAAGACGACGCUGCCGCCGCCGCCGGAGGAGGCCGUGCGUCAGCGGCAGAAUAGCGACGGCGGCUCGCCCGAGCGGCCGUACCAGGGCGUGUCGAGGCUCAUCGACAGGUGGCAGCGUGUCGCAGAGGAGGCGCAGGGAGGAGGGCCCGGCCAGAAGUCGGGCUCGCUGCGCGGGCGGUAA